GGUCCAUCUCAAAGACGUCUAUCCAGGCAAACGGGACCCAGACUGUCGGCAGAGAGAGCCGUGACCUGGCUGAGGCCGGCUCCAUCAUGCAGCAAGUGGCCCUGAGCCUGCUCCUCCUCCUCCUGGCAGGCCUGCCUGCCCUGGACGCCAACGACCCGGAAGAUAAAAACAGUCCAUUUUACUAUGACUGGCACAGCCUCCGAGUCGGAGGGCUCAUCUGUGCAGGGAUUCUGUGCGCCAUCGGCAUCAUCGUCGUCAUGAGUAAGUGGAGGAGCGCCAGGGAGUGGGGAGGGCAGGGCUGUGGGUCCCCUCUCUUGACCAUUCCCCUCUCCCCAACAGGUGGGAAAUGCAAGUGCAAGUUCAGCCAGAAGCCCAGCCACCGACCAGGGGACAUCCCACCUCUCGUCACGCCAGGCUCUGCUCAUAACUGUUGAGGAUGGAUCCAUGAAAGAACACAGAGGGCCUCUCUCUUUCCCCAUGUCCUGGUCUGCAUAGGAACCUAACUCCAGGAUGGAAUCCCCUCCUCUCCUCAGACCGCCUUUCCAGACCCCAUCUCACUUUCACUGUAAGGGUCUCUUUGUUCAAUAUUUGAUCUAAAGUGAGCUUGCCUCCUGCCCAAGCA